ACAAACGCGAGAUUAGCGAAACUUGUUACUUGUUCAUUGUGACUUAAACGUAUAUUCAACGAUUUAUGCUAUAUGUCAUUAUAGGAGAUAGCGCAACUGAACAUAUCACUAUCCUGAGCUAAAAUGUUGCGUAAGAGAUGCGAGAUUUCCUGCUGGAGCCAACUGUUUAUUUCUUCAAUUCCUGCCAACUGGGCUGAUUUUGAUUAAAGUCUGAGCUAUUUUAGAUGAAAUAUUGAAAUUGAGUCUACUUUGAGCUAAACCCCUUUCAAUUUCGCCUUUCUUAGUGGCUUCUGAACAUUUGCGAAAUUUUUAUAUCGAAUACGGAUCGAUAGCUUUUAUUUGACUCUCUUUUGCUAAUUAUUCGUUGAAAUUUCUCUUUAUUUGUUUUAGAUGUCGGAAAAGGAGCUGAAAUUCGAUUCAAGCGACCCUCCUGCUUACAACCAUGCUAAUGUUUACAAUGUUGACCUUGAGAAGGGACUUCCUUUGUAUACACCAAAAGACAUAAACAAAACUUCCAAUUCAACUUCUGUCAAAGCCAAACAAAGCAAAAAAACGAUAAUUACUGAAUUUGAUAGCUUCAAUGAUUUCUUUACCGACUUUAGGAAGAAGACAGAUCAUUAUUUCCCUGAAAAUGUAGUCGUUAAAAGUAAGUCGAUGUUUUUCUUUUUGAUAUUGGGUUUAUCAUUCCUUUGUACAUUAGCAAUCUCCUAUCGUUUCGAACUAUUUUCUUUUCUGAAACAAGUAUAUAUGGAAAAUGGAUACAGUUUGGCCCUUCUUGGACCUUUAGGCAUUUGGCUUGUGAUAUGGGCAAUAUUCUUUGCUCUUUUCUAUGCACUUAUUUGGCCUUUCAUAUUGACAAUACGGAUUGCCGCUAAAGUUAUAAUCUUUAUCGUGGUUGGUCUUGGUGAAGUGCUUGGAUGGUUCGUUGGUGCUAUCUUUUGGGGAAUUUAUAACAUUACUGUUUUUGGCCUUGGAAUGAAAUUUGAGAGCUCAGCUGAAAACACCGGUUCGCCUACGCUUCCCAGAUAUCAACAAAGGGAUGAUGCACUAGCUCCUCCGCCGACAACUACGAACGAAGAAAUAGAGCUGCAAAGCAAUCCUACAACUCAAAGUUAAUGCUAAUUUGUUUACCUUUCUUUUCUCAUGAGUCUUAACUCUUCCGAUCGAAAGUCACUAAGUGGAAAAAGAUAACAUUACAA